AGAGGAGAGGGAGAGGCAGAAUGACAGAGGCGACAGCAGUGACACUGUGCUAGGCAAUGGGAAUGUCACUGGGACAGGGAGCUGAGGACCAGGCAGCUCGGAUAAAGCGAGGAAGAGAAAGAAGUAAUUGACAGGCUUAGUGAUAAUAGCGGCAGCGUAGGGCUGACUGGAAGCGACUGUGACAAUAUCUGUUUUGGGGCCGGCUGAGCGACAGAGACGCAGAAGAAAGCAGCACCGACACAAUCCCCAGUGUGAAUGGAUGGACAGCGGCAUAUAAGGGAGUGACAGUGGGCGGAGGGCAGAUCUGUGGCUGCACUAACCUCACACGGACUGGAUGAGCCCGGGCUGUAUUGUCCAUAGAGAGCCGCGGUAGCCAUAGCGGAGAAACCGGGCUAGAGAAGGGGGGAGAGCCAGUGGCCUUUGUGAAUAUGAAGUCUCUUGUAGCAUUUCAGCAGACUCUGCGCUGGGAGUGAGAAUGCGCCAGGACAAACGGCAGCCGCUGCAGCAGCCUCAGUGGGAACUGUGUACUGGAGCUUGGCCUGGGACUCAGGGAGGGGAAGCUGUAGCAUCAAGCACAGACUACUGUCUUCCUGGGCAUGUGGGCUUAGCACUCACAUAACAUUCAUCUCAUGCUUCUAUCGCUGCUUCUAGCCCAUGAAGCUUACACUGCACCACAGGCUCCUCUGUGUGUGUUCACUGUCUAGUUGGCUGCUGAGCUUCUACUGCUUAAUGGGUCCUCGACAUUGAACCAGUCACAUAUUCCAACUACCCAAACUACCCAAAUCACCUUGCCUGUUGCUGCUUCUAUUGCUGCCAUUUUCAUACUCCAGUAAGUCAUCUGUGUGGCAGCAUCAUGGAACCCUGGCGACAGUGUGCCCAGUGGCUGAUCAGAUGUAAGGUGCUGCCCCCCAAUCACAGGGUGACCCUGGACACAGCUCAGGUGUUUGACCUGGCCCAGACUCUCCGGGAUGGAGUGCUCCUUUGUCAGCUGCUUAAGAACUUGCAGGGCAGCUCCAUCAACCUGAAAGAAAUCAACUUGAGACCACAGAUGUCCCAGUUUUUAUGUUUGAAGAAUAUCCGAACCUUUCUGUCUGUGUGCUGCGAUGCAUUCAGUAUGAAGAAAAGUGACCUGUUUGAAGCUUUUGACUUAUUUGAUGUCCGGGAUUUUGCAAAGGUGAUUGAGACUUUAUCUAAACUCUCCCAUACAACCAUCGCUUUGUCAGUUGGAAUAAGGCCAUUCCCUACAGAGGAAAGUGUUCAGGAUGAAGAUAUUUACAAAGCUCUGCCAGAUUUAAUUGAUGAAUCUGGAGCAGAUGAAGAUGACGAGUUGUACUAUGACUGCGUUUAUCAGGAAGAUGAUGGAGGGGAAGUUUAUGAAGAUCUUAUGAAGGCUGAAGCUGCUUUGCCCAAUAGAUCUGCCGAGAGUGAUGUUCGGAGCUGCUGUUUGCUAGAAAUUAAACAGACUGAGGAAAAAUACUCAGAAACAUUAGACUCAAUUGAAAAGUUCUUCAUGGAACCUUUGAAAAAUUUUCUGCCACCAACAGACAUGCAGAAGGUGUUCAUUAAUAUUUCUGAGAUGGUAGAGGUACACAGGAACUUGAUGAAGGAAAUUAAGGACUCUGUCAACCACCGGAAUAGCCAGAAUCUUUACACAAUCUUCCUAAAAUAUAAAGAAAGACUUCUAAUUUAUGGGGAAUAUUGCAGCCAAGUAGAAUUAGCCAUAUCCAUUUUGGAUAACAUCUCCAAGACCAGAGAGGAUGUCCGAUUAAAACUGGAGGAAUGUUCUAAAAGAGCAAAUAAUGGAAAAUUCACACUGAGAGACCUCUUGGUAGUUCCGAUGCAGAGAGUUCUGAAAUACCAUCUACUGCUCCAAGAGCUGGUAAAGCAUACCACAGAUCCUACAGAGAAAAAUAACCUGCGUGUUGCUCUGGAUGCAAUGAAGGACUUGGCACAGUAUGUAAAUGAAGUGAAAAGAGACACAGAAACACUGCGGGAAAUUGAGCAGUAUCAACAUUCCAUCGAAAAUUUGAAUCAGCCCAUGUCACAGUAUGGAAGACCAAAGGUCGAUGGAGAGGUAAAGAUGAGUACACUGGACAAAAGAACACGACAGGACCGGUAUAUAUUCCUUUUUGACAAAGCUGUCAUUGUAUGUAAAAGGAGAGGCGAUAAUUAUGAAAUGAAAGAGAUUAUAGAUCUACAAAAAUAUAAGAUAACUAACAAUCCCAGUACAGACAAGGAAAACAAAAAGUGGUCCUAUGGAUUCUAUCUCACACACAUCCAGGGACAAAAUGGCUUUGAAUUCUUCUGCAAAACUAAAGAUUUAAAGAAGAAAUUACUGGAACAGUUUGAAAUGGCACUGUCUAACAUUCGUCCAGAAAAUGCAAAAGAAAAUUAUCAUGAGUUUCAGAUGCACUCAUUUAAAAGUGUUACUUCUUGUAGAGUCUGUCAGAUGCUGCUCAGAGGAACAUUCUUUCAGGGGUACCUCUGCCAGAAGUGUGGGACUGGUGCCCAUAAGGAGUGCUUGGGAAGAGUGGACACUUGCAGACGUGCAGAUUCUGGGAGUUUGAAGCAUGAGAAACCGAAUGGAACUCGAAGGCCAGUUAAAAAUCCCGACCCAGAUUUGCCAAAGAUGAAAGUAAUAAGAAACUACAGUGGAUUUCCCUCACCACCAGCACACAGCAGGCCCUCUCUCAGUAUGCAGAUAGGAGAUACCAUUGAAGUCCUGAGAGCUGAUCCGCACAUCUUAUUCUGGCAGGGUAGGAAUAUAGCCACAGGGGAGCUUGGCUUUUUCCCAAGUGAUGCUGUUAAGCCUUGUCCAUGUGUUCCAAAGCCUGUGGAUUAUUCUGGGCAGCCUUGGUAUGCAGGAGAUAUGGAAAGGGUGCAGGCGGAGAGUGAACUAACCAGCAGAGAGAACAGUACCUACCUCAUUCGGCAUAGGACAAAGGAGAGUGGGGAGUAUGCAAUCAGUAUCAAGUACAACAACGAAGUCAAGCACAUCAAGAUAUUAACGAGAGAUGGCUUUUUCCACAUUGCAGAAAAUAGGAAAUUUAAAAGUUUAAUGGAGCUGGUGGAGUAUUACAAACAUCAGUCGCUCCGGGAAGGCUUUAGGAGUUUAGAUACAAAACUUCAUCUGCCCUACAAGUUUCCUGAAAACCACACUGGACAUGCUUGCAACCGGACCUCGGGAAUGUCCACAUCUGUGCUGUGUGGGUUUGCUUUUGUUACUGCUCCUGAGUACAGCUUUGUGCCCCCCUCCACCACUCCCUUCUGGUCAGGUAGCUAUGCACUGCUUUCUACUCCUCCUGUCUUUCCACUCCCAUGUUCACCUCUUCUGGGCACUGCUUUCUACUCCUCCUAUAUUUCCACUUUUACAAUAAUUUCCUGCAAGCAAUGCUUUUUUUCUCCUCCUGUGUUUCCUCUCCCAUAAUUAUCCUUUGUUGGCAUAGCUUUCUACUCCUCCUGUAUGUUUACUCCAACACGCGCCAUUUCUCUGCACUGCUUUCUGUGUUUCAUUAUCACUUCAGUACUGAGCUGCAGUUGACUUACAUGAAGCACCAAGUGAUACGUAUGCCUCAAAAAGUCUGUAUAGUAGAGCACACUGGGCCUUUGCUUUACAACUGGGCAUACCAACAAGAUCCCCUUGUUUAGUAAGGAUGCCAGCAGAUUAGUGCCUGUUUUACCCACCCUUUCUUUGGGCUAAUUUGGGUUUAUCCAAAUGCUUGGCCCCAGGGCCAACUGCCAGAUCAUAAUUGAGAAUUGUUAAACUCACCAGGAGAGGACAGAAUCAGCAGGCCAAUGUGGUCCUCUCCACAUUGGAUAUUCUACUUCUUCUGUAGUUAUCUAGCUGAUCCUUUGAGUUGUUAACCCAGCAUUGUAAUGGAAGACUACAGGAAAAAAUAGCUACACAGUGAAUAUCAGUUAUUUAUAUUCUGCAGCUUUUUACUUUGUCUUUGUGACAAUUAAAAAUGACCCUGUCAUCAUUUCAUUUGCCAUUAUUCAGUCAUUCCCAUUUUAAUAACUGGAGAUAUCAUAAUUCAGUAAUUCAGCAUAUGGAAAUUGCCCAUGUUAUGUAGCAAAAUAUUGGUGAAAAUAUCAGCAUGUAUUAUUGGCAUUAGGGGCAGAGAUAGAACAAUGGAUAGUGAAGAAGAUAACAGAUGGGAAACAGUAGCCGGGAAAAAUCAAAAUAGGAAGGGCAAGGUAAAAGCUCAAGAUAAAGAAGGAGAGACAUUUAAAGGCAGAUUUAAGUGUGAAAUUAGAAUUUACCACUCUAUUCAUUCCUAUGAUAUUUUAAGAGGCAAAUUUAUUUAUGGGUGAUGGAAAUGUUUUUAUCCAAACUGAAAAGCUGGUAGUUCUUUGACACAUUUCAAGCAUUCUGUAUAUCUGCUCAUUUAUUUGCACACGCUCAAUAGCAAGAACUCUGAUAGGGGCUACAGGUUAGAAAUGGGGAUCAGAAUACAACUAUUUCAGGAAGGCAAAAGGUUAGAAACAUUGAUCCAUCUGAAAUUGGCAUAUUUGCCCCCAAAAUGAAUCUUUAUUCUAAAUGAAAAAUGUAAACUGUAAAACCAAAACAUUUUCAUUCUGGACACAGGACUCCGAGCUGACUUCAUAUAUCAUUAUAAACUUCUAUUUGUGGGUUGUAAAUGCACGAGUGCAGCUCAUUGAUUUAAUAGUAAAGUUUAGCAGCAUUGUUUUUAUUUACAGCAAAGGGUAUAAUGAGUAGCUACUGCAUGUACAAUAAUAUCAAAUAUCAAUGUAAAACAGGUAUAGUUGUGUUUUGCCACAUGAAGCAAAGUUAUAUAAGCAGUCACAAGAAGCGGACUUCAACCUGUCCCCCUGCAUUUAUUCUAUACCUCACCCUAGAAAGAAUAAGUAUUUCAGUAGGAAGGAGAAUAGAGAGAUAAAGCAGAAGGCAUUGGGAGAUGCAUUGUAUGUUGAUAAACUCCAGCUGCCAGCAUGUCUAAUGGCUGUCUGUUUCUGGCAUUGCUAUGUUAAGCAACUGGUUUUAGAUUCUCAGUCUUUUUCAACAAGUUUUUAAAUGAAGCUUGUACAUACUGAAUUAUUUCACAGUAAAACUUGUACAAAAGGUCCCUUUAACUUGGCACUAUACAAUCUACAUUUUCCUUUAAAAAAAGACUCUCUUUUUGCAGUAUAGAUUCAAAAAUAACCCACCAGAUAACUAGAUAUUCUUAUGUGGAGUUCUAUUCUACCAGAUAUGUUCCUAUUAUAACUGCUAUGGCUAUAAUCUAGAAUAAGUGUAUACAUUGCUCCUAGUUAUGUGUUUAUCAUAAUCAUUUAGCUGUAAUCAUCAACUAACAACCACCUGACUUAAACAUUCUGUGCCACACUCCUUAAUAAAGUGCAUACUGUUUGUUAAUUUGUAACCAUACGCAUGUCCUGCCAAUGAUGAAUCUGUUAUUAAUAUUUGACAUUUUGUCUAUGCACCCCCUUAAACAACAUGUAUUGCUAAUGAAUAUGUUGAUACAUAAACACUAUCUUGU